AUGCCUUUACAAUCCCUAUCUGGGUUAGAUGAGAAAGAGAUACCAAAGAAAGAAGAGAAGAAUCAGUCUUCUCCUUCUUCUCCAAAAAUAUUGUUAGACAACAAAAAAAACAUACAAAUGCAGAAAAUUCCAAAAGACAAGAUCACAAUUAUUAUACCUGAGUCCUUAAUAUUAGAUGAGAAUUGGUUACCUUUUCAGACCAUCGAUGAUAACAAUAGAGCUAGUUUCUAUAAAAAGCUUUGUCUCAGGCCACAAAAUUUAGUGAUUUAA